CCCCCCCCACCCACCCCCCCCCCCCCCCCCCCCCCCACCAGUAUCCCCAGCAGAUCCGAGAUGGGCCGAGCUAAGGAGCUACAAGGUGGCUACGGGGAUCCUCUGUGUUCUUCUUCUACUGGGUCUACUGGUCCUGCUGGGAAAGAGCUUCCCCAGCAGCCUCCGAGCGAUCCACAACCGUAUUUCCCAGCGGAGGCGGAGUCGCUGGAUUGGCCCGACACAGAGUCAGAGUGUUUCUUACCACAGAGGGAAGACUGCAGUAGAAGACCUAACAGAGAAGAGAUCUUCUUUCGCUGGUGACACACACGCACACAUACACACACACACACACACACACGCACACACACAUACACGCGCAUGCAUGCACGCACACACAUACCCACAUGUGCACACACAAUGACUUAAUGCUUGCUUUUAAUGCCUGUUUUUUUGUCCAAUCAGCUCUGGAGAGGCUGACAGUCCCCAACAGCAGGGAGCCUUCGUCCAAUCGAAACAGCGAUAUCACCUACUGACACGCCCACUCCUUGCAACACGCCCUGUCCGGUGACCCCCCCCCCCCCCCCCCCCAGCCCCCCGAAGGUCAAAUGGGUUUUUGGUAUACGUGGGAGAACUGUCGUUUGGUUGAUUAUCUAAUCAGCAUCAUGCCAGGGCUCCAGCUAAUGACAGCCCUUCUCUGACUCCGGGGCGGAGCCUAACCUGUCAGGGGUCCUCUGCCGUUUACUGUAUUAAUAAACUGAUCAAAUAAACCACAGCACAACGGCUCUGAAUAUCGUCAUUAGCCUUUAUAGUACCUGUGUGUGUGCAUGAGUGUGUGUGUGUGUGUGUGUGUGUGUGUGUGUGUGUGUGUGUGUGUGUGUGUGUGUGUGUGUGUGUGUGUGUGUGUGUGUGUGUGUGUGUGUGUGUGUGUGUGUGUGUGUGCGUGUGUGAGGGGGGGGUUUGUGUGUGUGUGUUAAGCACACUUUAGGUUUGAAAAGAUUUCGGGCGUCAUUUCCUGUGCCGUUAACCCAAACUUCCUGUUUGGGUUAUUUCUGUUGCAACACUUCCUGCGAUACUCUCUCUCUCUCUCUUUCUCUCGCUCUCUCUCUUCCUCUAAUUUUUUUCUAAUCUGUUUUAUCAGUUCUCCGGUUUACCGCGGUUCUAUGUGUGUGCACAUGCAUGCAUGUUUGCAUAUGCAUGUGGUGUGUGUGUGUGUGUGUGUGUGUGUGUGUGUGUGUGUGUGUGUGUGUGUGUGUGUGUGUGUGUGUGUGUGUGUGUGUGUGUGUGUGUGUGUGUGUGUGUGUGUGUGUGUGUGUGUGUGUGUGACUCCUCUAUCAGGUCAGGUCAGAGUUGUAAUGGUAAUGUUCCAGUUAAACAGAUGAACAAUGACAGGGAUUACAGAUCACAGAUUACAGAUUACAGCCGGAUAAUCGAGAGAGAAGGGGAGGCAGAGAGAGAGAGAGAGAGAGAGAGAGAGAGAGAGAGAGAGAGAGAGAGAGAGAGAGAGAGAGAGAGAGAGAGAGAGAGAGAGAGAGAGAGAGAGAGAGAGAGAGAGAGAGAUGUUGUAACUAAGAUGCCCACUAGAGUUCUGUCUUAUUUGAAGCUUGUCCAUUAAAAUAUUCCUCACAUGACAGUCUAUUAGAGAGUAGGGAGGGUGAGAGAGAGGGAAGAGGAUAAAGAGAAGGGGAGGGAGAGAGAGGGUGGAGGGGGGAGAGAGAGAAGUGGGGAGGGCGGUAUGGAGGGAGCGAAAGAGAGAGAGGAGGGAUAAUGAAAGAUAAUAGCGAGAAUGAAAAAAAACGCAAAAGGAUAAAUUAUUGAGAGAAAUAGAGAAGAGGAUUAUUCCCAUGAGUCCUGAGUCCGGCCGGGAUAGAGACACAGAGCAUAGGAACGUCAUGUUGGUGAGGAACAUCUGGAAUACGCUGGUCGCAGGGGGAGCUCAGAGCCACUGAGGGUUUAAGGAAUGGGAGAUGGGAAGAGCCCCAAUGCAUUGUGGGUCAUCGGAAAUACCAUGUUGCUUCUGUUUGGAAUGCUGGUGACAGUGCACCCCUCUCUCUCCCAGGCCCCGCCCCCUCUCUCCCUGCCCGCCUUGAUCUCCGUGGCCCCGCCCCCCUGGCGCUACCUGGCCCUGUCUCAGGCCGAGCUCGGCCCCCUCUUCUCCAACUCCAGCCCCUUCUCUUACUCCCAGAGCCUGCUGAUGGUGCCCUCGCCUGGGCACACCUCCAAACCGCUGCUCAGGGCGUCCUUCGGGCCUUACUCGGUCACUGAGAUGGUUUCCGAGCGCCUCCCUCCCCUGUCUCCUCCUCUCUGGGCCUCCCUGCUGUCAGAGGGAGUGGAGAGGGCCAGGGGGCAUGGAGGGGCGGGGUCCUACAAGGUGCGGGUUCUGUUCCAGGUGAGGGGGGUGGGCUGGGCCCCGGGCUCCUGCCUCACCCUCCACGCCUUCAGGGAGACCCAGGAGCACCGCGCCUCCUGCCUCACACAGCCUCCUCUUGGUGUGUGCACAGUCACUCUCGCCCUGCCCAGCGAUUGGUUUGCAUCCCAACACAUUGACCAACCAUAUCUUGGCGUGCACAAACGCCAGAGACACGCCCACCACCGCCAGCGAGCUCAGCGCCAUCGCUACGGACACCGUGUUCCCGGGCCCCUAGAGGCCCCCAAACCCCCGGUGGCCCCAGGAGACCGGGUCCAGCUCUACUACUCCUCCUCGGGGCCCGACCAGAAGGCCUCCCCUGGCAGGUGUAGGGAGGACAGGGUUUCCCAGCGGCAGCUCUUCUUCUUCAGGUCGGUGUUCCUCAGACCGGAGGGCAGACGUCUCGUCAGGAACACAACCAGAGAGGAGGAGGCUUGUCUGGGUGGACAGGAAGGGGAGGAGCUUCACUUGGAUUCCAACGUUCUGAUUCGCUACAUUAAGGGGCCAAUCAGAAUAGGGCAGCCGGCGGCCGUGUCGGUCAGCCUGAAAGGGAACCUCAGUGUCACCAUCAGGUUGAGGGUGAAGAGGGGUCUGGUUUCCAUGGCAGCCAAGCGAACAUUGACCUCUGACCAUUGGGCGGUGACCCUGGAGAGAACGCAUGGAGCUAAACAUGAUGUCAUCUCUAUCGUCUGCCAAACAAACACACUAAACUCACACACACCAUACCGACACACACACAGCACAUCUCUCUACCAGCAGGUGGCCUGUUUGUCUGUAGAUGGUUUGAAGUGGAGUUUCGGCGUUGCCAUGACGGUAAAUGCUAAUUGGUGGGUGGAGUAUUCAGGGCGCAGUUCCCGUCCUCCGGCACAAGGGGCGGUGCUGAGUAGCUUUUCGUUCACAGAACAGCCAAUCCUUGGCAUAGCGGCGAUCACUGAGACCGACACCAUCAUCAACACGGCCAUCUUGAGCGGGCAGUCCGUGUCACUUCCUGUCACGGUGAUGGCAGUCGGCCGAGAUGGGACGAUGGCCGACGUCACCGCUGCCGCGACCUGUCAGUCCAGCAACGAGAACAUUAUCAAGGUGUCCAGCGACUGCUCCUCCCUCUUUGUGGACGGGAGCGAAUCAGGAGUGGGUAGCACCUGUGUGGGGGUGGAGUUUGGUCUGGGCGCGCUCCGUAGCUCCUUGUGUCUGAGGGUGUGGGCGCCCGCCGUGCCCCUGCACGUCUCCGUCUCAGACCCCGUGCUCAACGCCAUCCAGGGCUGGCGCCACCGCAGCCAGCACGGGUGCUCGGCUGUGUACCAGCGCUCCUCGGUUCAGGUCCUGACCAAGUUCAAGGCUCACGACCUUGAGGGCAGGAUCACACACCUCAUGGGCUCCUCUGAUUGGAUGGUGGAUGUGACAGAGUUGGUCAGUGAUUCGCUCAGAGUGGAGGACCCUCAGGUAGCGUUCCUGGGCAAACAAAACAGUCUGAUUGGUUUAGAGCCAGGAAAGACAACGCUGCAGGUAGUGUCUGGCCAGUGGGACGGCGUGCUGGGAAGCUGUGACAUCACGGUGACCUCUGACCCUGUGGCUCCCAGCGACCUCUCCGUGCAGCUGGUCAGUGGGCUCGGCAUGUCAAUCACCACCAGCCCCGCCCACCCCUCAGUUGUCACAGCAACAGUCACAGCCUUCAACAUUCUUUACAGUCCUGAUCAGGAGGCGUCGCUCAGCGUGUGGUUGCAGUUUGAUGACGACUCCUCCUCCCUCCUCUCCUCCUUCUCCGGCCUUCCCUUCUCCCUCCGACUCUCCUCAUUGGCUGAGAGCGUGGUCGCCGUGAUGCCUGGCUCCACCCAGCGUGUGGUUGCCCGGGGAGACGGGGGAGGCCCAUUGUUAAGGGCAGAGCUGCUGGUGCCCGAAUGCACAGAAGCGCCACUCAACUCCAACUUCCUGUCUGAGGGGGAAAGGGCGGAGCCAGAGGCAGGAACCCGGAGUCUGGCGGGGGGAUCGGGUUGGAUAAGAGUCCACCUGGACCUGGAUCCACUGCAGCCAAUCGGCAGCCAGUAUGGGGAGGGGGAGGAGCUUGAGCUGGACAUCUCGGAUACAUGGGUGGAUGCAAAUGCCGACUUCUACUCGUCCAAUCAGGAGCUGGACACUGUUGGGAGCGGUAACCAAACCAAUGCUGACUAUUAUGGCGGGAAAAUCCUGGAGCGCGCCGCGUGGACUCCCAGCCAAGAGAGGGAAUGGAGGAGAGGAGAUGGAGAGGGGUGGGGAGGAGGUGGAGAGGAGGAGGAGGAGGAGGAGGAGAGAUGGGGAGGAGAGAUGGAUGUAGGGGUGGGUACACUCCUCUCUCUCGUCUGCCUCUCUUCCCUCCUCUUCCUGGUCAACUGUCUGCCCUGCUCCCUCACAGAGAGGAGGAGGAGGAGCAGGAGGGGCGCUGGAGGAGAGGGCCCAGAGGAGAAGGGAGAGGAUGAGAGGAGAGAGAGUUGUGGAAAGGUAGAGGUGAAGGAGCGAGAGGCGAAGGAGGUGGAGCAGGUGAGGAAAGAGGGAGAGAACGUGGAGGAGGUGGGUGGAGAGAGUCAGGUGGAGGUGAGGAAAGAGGGAGAGAAUGUGGAGGAGGUGGGUGGAGAGAGUCAGGUGGAGGUGAGGAAAGAGGGAGAGAAUGUGGAGGAGGUGGGUGGAGAGAGUCAGGUGGAGGUGAGGAAAGAGGGAGAGAAUGUGGAGGAGGUGGUAGGAGAGAGUCACGGGGAGGCGAAGGAGGUGAGGGAAGAGGGAGAGAAUAUGGAGGAGGUGGUAGGAGAGAGUCACGGGGAGGCGAAGGAGGUGAGGGAAGAGGGAGAGAAUAUGGAGGAGGUGGGUGGAGAGAGUCACGGGGAGGCGAAGGAGGUGAGGGAAGAGGGAAAUAAUAUGGAGGAGGUGAAGGAUGAGGUGGCAGAGAUAAUUUGUUGAUGUGUUGUUUAGCUGAAUACCGUUCAUAGAUAAAGUACCUGGUAACUACACUUUCGGGCAUAUGACAUCGAUGUUACGGUUAUGUCAGAACGGUCUCCUUGUAUAAAAGAAACAUUUAGACCAUUGUACUAGAACAGUAACAUGAAGGGAAAUAAAGUUAUAAAAUCAUUCUUGUAUUCCUGAAAAUGAUGAUCCAGUUGGGUGGUGUGGACGUACAACUUUAACAUCUUAUUAAUAAAUCAGAAGAGGUUAUUUGAUUAAA